AUGAUUACUCAUGAGAAUACUUUGAAGACGAUUCUUGAUGAAAGCAGACGAUUAUUUGAUAAUCAAGAUAAAUUGAUAAAUGAAGCUUCUCUCAAAUUUCAAACUGAUAUUAAGACUUCCCAAAAUUCUUUAUCUAAAGUUGAUCAAGUUCUCAAUGAAGUGAAGGAAAUUAAAACUUUUAUUCUUGCUGCUAACACUAAACAUCAUAAAUGUGUUAUUAAUUCAAGUAAUACUCUUGUUAAAUUGUAUGAUACUGAGGCAAAGUUGGCUGACAAAUUGGCUGAUAAGGAACUUAAAAUCAAAUACUUGCAAGUAGAAUUGGCUCAAACAAAGAAUGAGUUUGAGAAGUUAUUGGAUGUGAAAUUGGCUCCAAUUCUUUCUCAAAUCAAACAUGGUGUUACAAGUAGCAGUGCUCCUUCGCAACAAGUGGGUCCAAAAGAAGUUGAAGUUGUGAAGGAAGAACAAAAGAAAAAGGAUGAAGAAUUGGAAAGAUUGAAGUUAUAUCAAGAUGAGUUUAACCGCAUUGAAGGCAAAAAGAGAGAUAAAGAAGCAAUAGAGGCUACUCUAAGAAUUUUGUGGCUUGAGUGGACGAUGAAAAGAAUGCAAGAUGUUGCAAUCAAGAAGGUUAGGAAGAACUGGCUUGAACCAAACUCACUGUAUUUGGUUGACCUUCCUCUCUCCGAAUCUAUUGCAAACAAGAUGUUGCAAAUAAGAAGGUUGGGAAGAACACAUCAGAAAGUCAAUUAA